AUGUCGUCGAGCGACAAUGGGAGCUCGUUGUCAGAGCCGCGCGGAGAGGCCGAGCUGUACAGGGAUGCGUCGGUCGAUCGUCCCAAGGAGUGGUUCGACUGGGAGUCGCUCAACCUCGCAUGGUCUGAGCCCGAGCCGUAUCACGUCAUUACCAAGCUCGGAAGAGGCCACUUUGGCGAGGUCUUCUCUGCCAUUGAUGUCCGCAAGGAAGCCGCUCUUCGCAAGAAGUUUGCCUCGGCCGCUGGCUCGGCUGCUGGCUCGGGCCCGUCGGUCUCGGACAAGGUCGAGAGUGGGCGUAGCGCCAAGGGCAAGGGCGUGGACGAUGACGACGAGAACGAGAGUGCAGCGAGCACGGAGAAGGCCGGAGCGGGAGGUGCGGAAACACUUAGCCUGCCGGCAGAGGCAGAGGCCGAGCUGCUGACAAAGUCGACGGUGGUGAUCAAGGUGCUCAAGCCGGUCCAGUUGUCGAUCAUCAAGCGCGAGAUCAAGUUUCUCACCAACCUCCGGCGUGGGACAAACAUCAUCAAGCUGUUGGAUCUUGUGGAGAACCCGCUGACGGCGCAAAAGUCGCUCAUCUUUGAAUAUGUCGACACGCCCGACUUUAAGAAGAUGUACGCGGGCUUCUCCGACCACGAGGUCCGGUUUUACAUGUACCAGCUCCUCCUCGCCCUCGACUACACCCACUCCAAGGGUGUCAUCCACCGCGACAUCAAGCCGCACAAUGUGCUCAUUGAUCCAGUCCGCAAAACGCUCCGCCUCAUCGACUGGGGCCUCGCCGCCUUUUACAAUCCCGGCCAGCGGUUCCGCAAGUUCCCCGGAACCCGCGUGUUCAAGGCGCCCGAAAUGCUGAUGCAGUACUCAAGGUAUGACUAUGCCGUUGAUAUGUGGUCGUUUGGCGCCAUGAUGGCCGGCAUCGUCUUCAAGAAGCAUCCUGUCUUCAAGGGCCGCAAGGAGAACAUCAACGUUCUUGUCGCCAUCGUCAAGCUCAUGGGCUCGGACGGCCUCUUCGACUUUGUCGACAAAUAUGGCGUCCGCCUCCGCGACGAAUGGGACGAGAAGCUCGAGGGCUACGAGGGCUCGACUUGGGACUCUCUCGUCACCCGCAAGAACAAGUCCCUUGCCGUCGCCGACGCCAUCGACCUCCUCUCUGGCAUUCUUGUCUACGACCACGAGCACCGCCUCAACUGUGAGGACCAUGCCCGCCUGGCAGGCACCGUCGCUCACCGCCGCGGCAUCCCGCCCGAGGGCACAAACUCGGGCUCCUCCGACGAAGACUUUAUGGCCAUCUCGGACGGCGGCGCCCACAACUCGGUCCCGGCCGGAGCCACCCCGCUCACCGGCACCUCCCGCAACGGCUCCGACCUCUCCUCGUCCUCGGACGCCCAGCUGGGCUCGUCACGUUCGCCGGCAUGA